AUGGCAGUGAGUAGCGAUAAGGUGCCUGUAAGCACAAGAGUCAGAGAAAUCGCACACAAAGAACUUGAAAGACAUGUCCAGGACCCGUUUAAAAUUGACCUCGUCAAAAAACUCGUUCAGGUUGUCGAAGAUGCGUUAAAUGAAGAUGAUCUGUGGAUAAUUCAAGUUGUCAAGGAACUCGAAAAAUGCCAAGUCUUGAUACUGGAUGGGCUCUAUGGAGAGCGAACAGUUCUGAUGAGAAAACAGCGAGAACGCAUGUCUGCGCAAAUGAAAAAUCAUCAACAAAGAGUGUUGGGAAUGAAAGACGAGGUUGAGUUGAGACGCAUUCGGCGGCAAAUCAAGUCGGAGCACGAGCAGAUGGUGGAUGAGAUGAAAGAGGAACGCCGCCAGUUUGACCUGAAAUUGGUCAAGGAUAUGGAAGAAACUGUCAAACAGCAGCAGGAGACCUUGGUCGACAACGAAGUUCCCGGCUUCAAAAUUUCAAUGAUGCCGACAGACAUUAGCUUGCAAAAGGACAUUCUUCGCUUUCUCCUCGCCAUCCACGCCGAAUUCUGCAAAUGA